AUGUCGAUAGACUCCACUGCCUCCUCCUCCACUCCGGCCAGCAUCUUCAAGAUCCUCCUGCUGGGCGAUAGUAACGUGGGCAAGACGUGCAUCGUUCAGCGCUUCUGUGAUGACUCCUUCAUCGAGGGCUACAUCAGCACGAUUGGAAUCGACUUCAAGCAGAAGCACAUCCGCCUGAAUGAGCAGCAGGUGAAGCUGCAGCUGUGGGACACCGCCGGCCAGGAGCGCUUCCGGGCGCUGACCACCGCCUACUACCGAGGUGCAAUGGGCAUCAUCGUCGUCUACGACGUGACCAACCUGGAGUCCUUCCAGCACAUUCCCUACUGGUUCAAGAACAUUGAUGAGAACGCCAGCCCCAGCGCCAUCAAGAUCCUAGUGGGGAACAAGUGCGACGCCGACUCGGCGCUGCGCGUCGUCGACAAGGAACAAGGGGCCCGACUGGCGGCCCAGUACGAGGUGCCCUUCUUCGAGUGCAGCUGCAAGCACAACAUCAACAUUCAGCCGAUGUUUGUGACGCUGUGCGAGCGCAUCGGCGAGUACCUAGAGAAGAAUGAGAACCACUUCAACUACGAGGGCCAGCAGCAGCAGAUGAUCACCGACUCGAUCAUCAAGCGGCUGGAGGAGACGGAGGCAAACGCCGCCGGCGGCGCCAACUCCGCCUACAGUCGAUGUUCGAGCUGUGUCGCCGGCUAUGCACCCGCCUAUGUUGGUGGAGGUGGUGGAGGAGGAGGAGGUGGUGAAAAGGAACACGAAAGCUAG